AUGGCUGAGAACGAUCUGUUACUGUUAUGCUAGCAUAAAACCGCAAUUCACCAGAUAGUAUAGUUCCAGAAAUCAGUGUGGCUAACAGGUGAUAUUUCAUUUAACCACAAGUCAUUAUCUCGCCGGGACUGUGGAGCAGGGAGGGGAGUUUGGUUUACUUAAGGGCUCCCCAGGGGCUUUCAACAGUGUGAAACUAGCCACUUUCUUAAGAGAGCCGGUUUCGUCAUGCAAGGUUUGCGAUCAGUUGCAAUGAAGGCUUUUACAUGUCUUGCGCUUCUGUUGUGCGUGGGCUGCGUCUUCGCCACUGAAGGUGAGUUAUACACUUACAACUUGAUCCAGUUCGGCCGGUUCGUUUGGUGUUUGGGGGAUCUGGGCAUUUUCGAAGCGACGGCGGACAACGGCUAUGGCUGUUACUGCGGUCUUGGAGGCCAAAGCACACCGCUGGAUGACACUGACAGAUGCUGUGUAGAACACGAUAACUGUUACAAAAGAGCUGUAACGAAAGACAUCUGCAGGGUCUGGGAUACCUAUGCAGUUUGGUACAAAUUUGAGGAAAACACUGACGCGUCUGGAAAGUGCUCAAUCAAAUGCAAGGCAGAGGAUGAGUAUUCUUCGUUGAUCACUAAAGCCAAAUGUCGAGCCUUCAUGUGUGAAUGUGACCGUCAAGGGGCGCAGUGUUUCGCGGACAAGCGGCCCACGUUCAACAAUAGCUGCUAAAUGCAUACGUCACAAAAUCCUGAGGAUGUGCUAAAACAUAUCCAUUUUAAUCAUUAUUCGAUUGAUCUGACAUUAUUAUCAAGAAAACUUGUUGCUUUAUUAAGCGAUUUCGCAGCAUAACCUAUCGACCUAGUCUGAAUGUUAAUUUAUAAACGAUUUAAAAAAAAACAGUUUUCAGAAGUUUGAUUAAGCAAUAAAACUUCAUACACACAAUUGUAGAAGAUACUGACGACGGCGGCUUAUGCUACAAUAAGAUUUUGUCACAAACUCACACGGCGGGUGAUGACUUCGUUUAAUCUGUAACAAUAAAUAUGUAAAACAAUACGAACAUUACGAUAAGUUCUA